AUGGAUUCUUCAGAGAUGUUAAUCGUGAUUGUAACUAUCUAUAUCGUUAGUUUUCCGACUACGUCUAGUCGAAUUUUACUCUACAAUACUGAAAACGAUCAACUAGUAGAAAAAUUCGAUUGCAUCUAUGUUACAGACAAUAUUGGAAAAGAAAUUCCUUAUUGCCAACGUCCAGAUGGAAGUUACGCACUAAUUCGAAAUCAAACGCACUGCGAAAACGAUGGACAGAAGAGAUCAUUUCGUGAUCUUCUUCGUGAAGAUAUCGAACCAAAUGAAGUUCUCAAAUGGAGUUCGAGUACGGAAAUGGCUGAUCUUUAUGCAAGUAUUUACUACAAUCAAUCAGUAAUUAAAGAAAACGAUAAUCAAUUUCUUUGCCAAUGCACAAAACCGGGAACGUUUGGCAAGUAUUGUGAAUACCAGUUAACUCACUAUGCAACCAAAUUUAGCGAUGCAAUUAAAGCUCAGUUUCAUCAAAAGGAAAUUGGAGACCCAUGGGAUACUCAGCGAUACGGUGCAAUUCUCUGCUAUAAAACACUACCUUGUGAAUCAAGUCCUUUAUGUCUUGAUUGGAGAGAGAUUUGUGAUGGUAUUCAGAGAUGCUCAAAUGGUACCGAUGAAGAAAAUUGUGACAAAUUAGAAUUCAACGAAUGUGAGGAUGAUGAAUUUCGAUGUACAAAUGGAAUGUGUAUCUCGGAAGACUUUUGGCUCGAUGGUGAUUUUGAUUGUAUGGAUUGGAGUGAUGAAUAUACUUUUGAUUUGGGAAAGUCGUGUCCAGUCAAUCCGAACACAAUCAAUUGUGAUGAACAUUUAUGUUUAACUGCGCAUUAUUCAUGCGGUGAUGGAGAAUGCAUUCGAUGGGAAACGAGAAUGGCAUUUCAACGAGAAUACCCCGCACUAAAGGACUGUUUCAAUAAGCGCAAUCUAAACUACAUGUGUGAAACUAGCCCACGUCAACCUACCUGGACACUCGAAAACGGACUAUGUUGGCCAGAUAAAGGCUAUGAUGAUCUUCGAUAUCCUCCAUGGAACAUGAUCCAUGUGUCAAAUCUCACCCUUAGUCAAAAAUGUGAAUACCUGUUUCGAUGUAUUUUGUCAAAAGGUUUUGAGCAUGAUUGUCCAUGCAACGCUCGGAAUUGUACGCAGAUACUGGUGAAUUCUUGUUUAUAUCCCAAUGACCUUCUUGUUUAUCCACCACCAGGAUUAAUCAAUUCAAAUAUUUUGAUCAUACACACCAAUAGACAAUCUAUGGAAAAGCCAACUUUUGAUUCUUUUCUACUGUAUGGAAACUUAAAAUGCCGAGGAUUUUUUUUUCACGCAGGUGGCGAUGCUUUUAAUGAAGGGUAUGUAAUAGAGCUAAUCACUGCUCCUAUCCUUAAUCAUUUACUUUGCAAAAUCAUGGAUCCUCAAAACAUAUACCGAGAUUAUUUAUCACCUCAUCAAACCAACAAGAAAUGUUGGAAUGAUUCGCUAACAUUUAACGGUCGUCCAUAUGCUGUCAAUCCUGACAUAUGUAUUUCUACAGGGGAAUGUAUAUCGCAGUAUCGAAUUAACGAUGGACAUCCGGACUGUUAUAGCGUAGAGGAUGAAUCAACGGCCGUUACCAAAAACUAUUGCACUGGAAAUGUAGGACAACAACGUUUUCAAUGUUUUAACGAUCAACACAAAUGCCUUCCAUUAAGAGGGUUGGGCACAGGCAAUAAUGACUGUUCGAAUAGUUAUGAUGAAAGUUGGUUUGGUACUGGAACUGAUCUCCGACAACAAGUGACAUGUUUCCCACGUGAAGUCGGUGACUGUGACCAUGUGAAAGCUUACAUUCAACAGUCUUCUGUUAGGAAUUCAAAAAACAGUAGUUCGUCUGUUAAUUAUCAAGAACAGUUGUCAGCAAAUCGUAUGUCUUUUCGAGAUCAUUGUGAUAGUUUCUGGAAUAUGGACCAUUAUAUUGACGAAAUACCUUCUUUAUGUCAGUUUUGGAUAUGCCGAACAGAUGAAUAUCAAUGUCGCACAGGACAAUGUAUUCCACUCAAUUGGGUUUGUGAUGGUGAAUGGGAUUGUUCAGACGCGUCUGAUGAAGAAGCUUUUGUACUGAUUGAAAAAUCAUCAGAUCAUAACGCUCGUUUACCGACUUUCUCUUCAAAACUUGCAGCAUGUCGAAAAAAAUAUUCGAGAUCACCAUUCUCGAAUAUUUGCAAUACGACGUUUCAAUUUGGUUGUUAUCUAUCUGGAGUAUCAAAUCCAUUGGAUAUUCAAUCCAACCGUCCAUGUAUUAAUCUUACUCAGAUUGGCGAUGGAAAGGAAGAUUGUUACAAUGCCUAUGAUGAAAAAAAUAUAUUUUCAUUGAAUUCGCGCAUGGGAGGAGGGAUGUGGGGUUUACAUCUAAAUUGUGAAGAUGUCCAUAUAGCGUACACAGAUGCUUGCGAAAAACCGCGAAACUGUAAUCGAAUACUUUGCUCACGUUAUCGAGAUAAAAAUGGACUAUGUAACGAGGCAAAGGAUUUCGUCUGUCUCGAAAACGAUCAUUGUAAGAAGAACUCACGAUGCAACGGAAAAUUUGAUUGUUUAAAUGGAGAAGAUGAAUAUUGGUGCCCCGCUGAUUUUGUAACUGAUCUAACCUAUCGCUUUGGGAAAGUGAGAAUCAAACGUGAAAUCGAUAGAACCGAUCCUCGGAUACAGUAUCCACGUAAUGACAUGCUCAAAGUCAAUCAAUAUCAGUUAUCAAAGUCCCUCACCAAUCCUCAAUACGAUGAUUCUUUUAAAGUGCAUUCAUUCCAAUGUAAUCGCGGUAUCGCUGUUGUUCAUAUGAAUGCAAUGCGAUGUCUAUGUCCUCCCGCUUAUUAUGGUGACCGAUGUGAAUUGUUCAGUGAUCGAAUCAGUAUUAUUGCACGUAUUGAUCAAAAAAUAGCGCUGAAGACAAUUCCAGAUGGUAUAUUCCAAAUCAAAGCUAAUUUACUUUUCAAUAAACGAAUCAUCGAUCAUCAUGAAUUUUAUGUUGUUUCAGUUGUAGAAAUGAUUUGCGUCACAUUCUUGAUUAUUUUGGCUGCUCGUAGUCGAGCAAAGACAAUUGGACAUAAGAUGAACCUUGGUCAAGUGCUGAAGAAGCAAUUCAAGACUCAGAAGGAACUUUAUAUUACACCAACAAUCAUUGUUCUUUCUGCUAUUCCUCAAUCCAUCCUUACAUUUAGUUUUUCAUGUAAGCCAUUGAGUGAUUGGCAGCGUCAUACACUUCUAGGUGCUUAUUUAUUUUCGUAUGGUCCAUCAGUUCUCGGUUUCAUUCUUUAUGUUUUGCCAUCAACUAGUUAUAAAAAAGAAUUUAGUGAGACAUUACUUGGCAAGAAAUAUUUCAAGUGGAUAUUGAACAAUAAUAAGACUCAAGUCCUUGUUCCAAAGACAAAAACAUCAACAUUGAUUUAA